UCUAUAAGGACUGCACGUAUGCGCCGAAGGACUUGCUGGACACCCCUGACUUCUGCGUGGGGCUCUGGGUCUCGCAGACGGCCUACGCAGCCUUCGAUCUGAUUACACACUUCUUAUAAGAAAAGAAAGACGUGCUCGGCUCGGCUGCCGGCUGAGCGGAGGCCCCAAAUUCACGCGCCCGGCGUUGGCUCGGCAGCUGGAAAUGAGCCUGACGACGGGAGUUUUCAGGCGUGAGACUGGAUGCAUCAGCUCUCGCGGCUGCGGCACCAACGCGCUUGCGCAGCAAAGAGAACUCCUAAGCAAAAUUACAUUUGGCGCAGAGGCAACACAAGUUCCGUUGCCCCCGUCCGUUGAGACGGCCGGUGUUCCUAUCGUCUGCUCCUUCAACAAGAACCCCACGCUCGGACAUGGCAACCUGCUGGCCGUGGGUGGAGAGGAAGGCUACGUCACAAUCGUGGCGACGGGCGACGUCGUUGCGCUGAAGCGCGGAACCACGGACGGCAGUUGGCGCCCACGCGCGCACUGGCACUGUCACCGGAACAGCAUAUUUGACUUGGCGUGGGCCAAGAAUGACUCAGUCAUGUACACGGCCUCUGGGCACCAGCAAGUGGGGAUCUGGGACACCAGCACUGCACGCGGCGUGGCUGUGACGGAGGGCCACGAGGGCAGCGUCAAGUCGGUAUCGCCGCUGCCUCUGUGCGAGGACAUCUUUGCCACCGGGGCACGCGACGGCCGCAUAAUGCUGUGGGAUGCGCGUUCGCCGGGCACCGCCGGCGGCCGCGUGCACUCCGCCCCCGGCACCGCCCUGGACGGUGCGGCCGCCCUGUCGUCAGUGUGGUCGCAGGAUGGCGCACACACGCGCCCUGUCGCGCCUGGCGCGGGCCGUGGCUCCUCCAAGGCUGCGAAGCUAUUGCCGGUGACGGUGACGUCAGUGGCCUUCAUCCCGCAUUCCUACCUGCUCGCCUCGGGUGGUGCACAGGACACCGUGGUGAAGCUGUGGGACCUGCGCAUGCACGGCCUGCCCUGCUGCGAGCUGGAGCUGCCCAAGCCGCCCACCAGCACUGGGCGCGGCGGCAAGGGCAAGGCUGCGACUCCCGUGGUCACGCCGCACGAGGUAGCGGCCAGCUGCUGCCCCUCCCGUGGCGCGGCAGUGGGCAUCACGCACAUCGCUGUGUCGCCGUCAGGCGACCGCCUGCUGGUGAGCUGCCUGGACUCGCAGCACCACCUGGUGUCGCUCAGCCGCCUGCGCGAGGGCCCGCUUGCAACAUGGUGCGCGCCGUCCGCCUCCAAGGCCAGCUUCUACAUGCGCAGCGCGUUCAGCCCCUGCGGCGACUACGUCCUGUCCGGCUCGCGCGACUGCGGCGCCCACAUCUGGUCGGUCCAUGACACACAGCGGUCGCCUGUGUCGCUGCCGCACGCCAGCGAGGUCACGGGCGUGGCCUGGUGCGCUAGCAACUGGGGCCAAGUUGCCACCUGCAGCGACUCGGCGGAGGUGCACGUGUGGACGCUGGGCCGCCUGCCCGCCCGCGAGGGGCCCCUGCUGCCCGCCACAACAGCGGAGGCAGCUGCGGUUAUCACCGCUGGUCCAGCGCUGGCCGCGCCAACAGCGCCUGUGGCGAUGCCCAAGGCUGCGCCUACGACCGCCACCACCAAGCCGAUUGCGCGCCGCCUGGUGCAGUCGCGCCUCAACCUUUCGCGCGCCCCCAAGGAGGCGGCUGUGCCGGCUGCUGCUGCUGCCCCUCCAGCUGCGCCCCUUGAGGCACCCAGUGUGCAGCCCCUGCCAGAGCCGGCUGCUGCCACGCCCAAGGCAGUCGAUAUGCUCCUGCCAGCGGACGUGGCGUGCACCACCGCCGGGUGCAUCGGGACGGGACUGCCAACGCAGCCCGCAGCGUGCAACGGCGGUGGCUCCUGUCGGCGCUCCGGGCCGAUGCCGCCCGUGCCCAUCUUCAGCCCCGCCGUCAACAGCUGGCUGCAGCCCGAGCAGCCUCGCGCCGACCCUGCUCAGCAGCAGCACGUGCCGGCGCUGGGCUGCGACAGCGAGCUACCGAGCGCGCUGGGCCUGGGUGAGCAGGCGCUGGUGGCUGCGGCCAGCACAGCACCCACUGCACAAGCCGCACCCAACACACUGGAGGAGGCGAUGCUGCUGGGCCUGCCGCACGUGCGCACGCAGUCGCCGGCACGCACCGGCACUGAGUCGCGCCGCCAGUCGGCCCCCGCCAUCCCGUCCUUCGGCACGCCCUCCCGGUCUGCCGCGCCGAUGCCCGGUUUUGCCUUCCAGCCCACGUCUGCGGCGCGUGCGCCAGCCGUCUCACCCCGCAACGCCGGCAGCUGCUUCCAUCGCUCGCGCUCUCGACUGGGCCCCUUCAGCCCCUGCCACUCGCAGAGCAGCGGCUCGGGACACUCAGGUGGCAGCACCAGCAGUGCGUCCAUGGUGCAGAGCAGUGGAGGCAGCGGCACCCCUCGGCCGUCUGCCAGCGGCGGCCACCAGGCGCCGCAAGGCAUUGUCACGCAGCUCAUGCGCAACUCACCCCGGCACGGCACGGCGGCCAGUCCUCGCGCCGCGGUUGCGCCAGAGGCACUCUUCUCCCUGACGCCCUCCCGCGGCCACAGUCCGCCCGAGGCUGAGGUGACCGAGCCCGUGACCACUGGCAGCAUGCAACCGGUGGGCCGGAAGCUCUUUGCGGCAGACGCUGGGCCGCCGCCGCCCUCGCCGCACCAGCAGCAGCCACCCAGCGCCCGCGCGCACGGCGAUACCAGCGCUCGCAGUUUCUUCGGUAUCCCCGCUUCGCCACGUGCUUCGCCGCGUGCGUCUCCUCGCGCCUCGCCUCGCACUGGCGGCGGUUUCGUGCCGCCGGGCUCGCCUAUGCGCAGCCCGCGUGUCAGCGGCGGCGCGUUCAACAUCUGCGACGGUGCCGAUGUGGGCCCGGCCCUGCGGCACCGUGCCCUGCACCCAGACGACAGCGGCCCGUUCGACGAUGGCAUUCUCGCUGACGUCGAGGUUCCAGCAUGCAGUGACGACGACGAGGAGGAGGAGCGUAACGGUGGUCGCAGUGAUGAGGAGCGGGCGGGUGCGGGUGUCGGCGCCAUGCGACGCGCGGUGCCGGGCUUCGCCAUGCGACGCCGCGCCGCCAGCCCGCUGCGUGGCAUUGACCUGUUCGGCGCGGGCGGCCUCGACGAGGGCUUAGCGCAGCUGCGUGCCCUGGCGUUGGGCCCCAGUGGCGCCGCUACGGGCGAGGCGCAGCAGCUGGGCGACUGGGCCCUGCGCAGCUUCGGCAGCGGCGAGGGCUGCGAGCUGGGCCCGGCCGUCCGCGGCAGCGCGCUCGGCCUGCCCAGCAGCGACGACUCGGACUCGGACUGGGAGGUGGACCCGUACGGCGACAAGGAGAACACGCCGCCACCUGAUGAGGAGCUGGAGGGACCUGCCGCGGCCUUGCCCAUCAGCACCACAGUUCCCGCCUCGCCGCGCAUUACCGCCAGCGGCGCGACUGCGGCGCUGCCGCACCCGUCUCGCUCCAGCGCCCACUCCGGGAACUCCGGCUCGCCGCCGCCAUCUGCGCGGCGCAGCCACCGGGUGUCAGAGUCGCAGUCCCAGUCAGAAGCGCCGCCCAGCGCCUCGCAUGGCAGCGCCCGCCCCAUGCCCACGCCGUUCGCCUCGGCGCCGCCCUUCGCCGUAGGCAUCGAAGCAGCGGCGGCGGCGCGCACGGCGGACGCGGUGCCUGUCUCGGCACCGUCGCUGCACAGCGUUCCCACCUUCAGUCAAGAUUUCAUGCCGGCAGCGCGUUACCACUCCCGCGCCAGCAGCGACGGCCAGGGUGACGCCGUGCCAGGCGGCAUGGAGACAGAGGCUGAGAAGGCCAGCCCCGAGAGUGUCAGCUCGCCACCACGGCCGGCAGUUGCCCGUGCAGCUGCAGCAGCACCACCGGGCUCAGUUCGGCGUCGCAGCUACGCCGGCCGUGACUCUCCCGUUGCGGCAAGCCCAUAUCACUUCGCCCGCACCAGCGAAGACGCUGUUGCCGGCCCCAGCCAGCUGCAGCUGCGUCUGAGUGACAACCCCACACCCACAAAGCGUGCUCGCCGCUCCUACGGGUAUGACGGCAGCGCUGACGGUGCAGAUGCAGGCGUGGGCGCAAGCAGCCCCACCAGGGCUGUGCCAACGGGUGCGGGUGAAGCCCAGCACAUUGACGAGUCGUUGGGCGCGAUGCCGACACCGCGCGGCAAGCUGCUGCGCCCGCCGGGCGGCCUGCUAGGCGGCUUCGGCUGCGCUGCACUGCCGGCCGCACGGCCCCUGGACCUGCCUCCGCCCUCGCCUGCAGUGCGCCCCUCUGUGAGCCGCGAGCGCAGCCAGGGGCUCAACCGCAUGCUGCCAAGCGCAGUGGCCAUUGCCGCACGCUUUGCCGCCGCUGCUAGCGCGGAGGUGGGCUCAGAGAGCCCCGCGCCCAAGAUCGGCACCGCGUCGCGCACCGGCAACCGCCCCAAUGCAGAGUUCUUCCGCCGUGCUGCUGAGGAGGAGCGGGAGCAGCACGAAAGCUCGCCCUUUGGCUUCGGUCGAUACAAGAGCGCUGCUGAGCCCGCACCCCUUGCCAGUGAGCGGCGAGGGCAGAUCGCUGCAGCAGCGGCGGCCGCCGCCAUCUUCACCGCGGUCGGGAACGCAGAGGCAGGGUCGGAGAGCCCUUCUCCCAAGCUUGGCACUGCUUCUCGCACCGGCAACCGGGCCAACGAGGAGUUCUUCCGCCGUGCCGCUGAGGAGGAGCGGGAGCAGCGCGGCAUGUCGCCGUUUGGCUUCGGUCGCUUCAGCGGAUCUGAGGAAGCUGCUUCUCGCCGUGCGCCCGCCGCAGCGGCUGCAGCGGCGGCCAUCUUCGCGGCGGCUGGCAACGUGGAGGCAGGGUCCGAGAGCCCCUUGCCCAAGAUUGGCACCGCUUCUCGCACCGGCAACCGGGCCAAUGCGGACUUCUUCCGCCGUGCCACGGAGGAGGAGCGCGAGCAGCAGGGCAUGUCGCCCUUUGGCUUUGGCCGCUUCCAGGCCGAGGGCGAUACGGCACGUGAUGUUGCUCCGGCGCCGUCUGGUGCGGCCGCCGCCGCCGCCAUCAUGGCUGCCGGCGGCAACCAAUACGCCGGGUCGGAGAGCCCCGCGCCCAAGGUCGGUACAGCGUCACGAACCGGCACGCGGUCAAACGCCGAGUACAGGCGGCGCUGUGCGGAGGAGGAGCGGGAGCAGCGGGCAGGCGCGGUCAUGUCCCCGUUCGGUUUCGGCCUGCUCUCACCGUCUCCCGCGCAGACACGUCGCGGCUCCAGCGACGGUGGCCAUACGGCAGCGGAGGCCGAGGGGAGCCGCCUCACCUCCCGCUUUGCCGCGGCUGCUGCUCCGCGCGGUGGACCGGCCUCGGUGCUCAAUCACAUCAACCAGCUGCUGGGCUCGCCGGCACGUGUGGAGGCCACGCCGCUAGAGCGCGACGAUGACAAAGGCGACGAAGACGACGAGGUGGAGGAGGCGGUGCUUGAGGUGGUCCUGGCCAUGGAGUGCAGCGUCAAGUCGCUCAGCGUCAUCUUCGAGACGCAGACGCAGGAGGACACGGGCGUGGUGCCCGCCACCUACCCCACCAGCGAGGACGGCGAGGCCGCUGCUGAGCAGGGCCUGCCGCGCAGCAGCGGCGGGCUCUGCUCUGGCGCCGCUAGGAGCCUAGGGGCGCUGUUUGAUGAGGAGGAGCGGACGGUGGCGUCGCCGCAGCGCUUUGACGGCCGCGGCCGCGGCUUGAGGUCCACACUUGGGGCUGAGGGCGCAUACACUGGUGACACUGAUGCUGAUGACGACGAUGGCUUCGAGCUGUGCAGCCAGUCCGCCACCGCCAACAUGGAGCCCUGCGGCAGCGUCAACUUCGGGCCAUUCUUCAGCCGCAUGGGCACAAGCUCGCAGCCGCAGCACUUGCAGCAGCAGCAGCAGCAGCAGGCCCCAUUGGCGGCAGGGCCGGCGGCAGCGGGCACAUGUGUGCCUCUGGACGAGAGCAGCCGGUGCUUCCCUGUGGCCAUGCCGCGCGCGCCCCAUGCCGAGACGGCCGCAGCGUCGGCUGUGGCAAGCCAGCCGCCACAGCUGCGCGUUGGGGCUUCGGUUCAGGCGCCGCCAGCCGCAGCCGUAGCCUCACACCACGGGCAGCAGUCGGCGGUGCCGAGGGCCUUCCCGCGCAUCUCGGCGCCAGCAGCGGCGCGUGGCAGGGCGCGGGCCGCCGCGCCGCAUGCAGCGGCGGCGGCGGCGGGCACGGCGCAGCAGCGUAAGGCCAAGCAGCAGACGCUGCAGCAGUGCUGGGCGGCUCCGCAGGGGCCUGGCGGAGCGGCGGAGCCGGUGGCGGUCGACACUGACUGCCGCAUGGAGGACCAGGAGGAUGCGUUGGGCCUGGCGCUGGGACUCCCUGUGUGCCAAGCAGCACAGGUGGCGGCACGCCCUGCUCAGGGGCAAAACGCAUUGACGUCGCCACGAUACUUCCGGUGAUGCCGCGAGGCCUUAGGACAGGCGAGUAGUGGAACAGAGUUGGGAGGCGUGAUGUGAACGAGGUUUAACGAGGCGCAGACAGCGCAAAGGACUCACGGCAGGUCAGUGAUGGUCAGUGGAUGGUAGCUAGGGUACGCACCGCCAGGCAGGCAGAGCAGAUUGGCGUGCCCGAUUGCGGCCGCGUAGCGCGUUGGAGGCCAGGGCUUUAUAAGCUGUUGAGCGUAGGGUAUAUUGAAAGGGCACGUGUGCGCGUGGACUGAUUGAUGACCCAAACGGUAUGGCGUGGGCCCGCGUGGCGUGGGCUCGUUGCUAGGGCUAGCAUCCGUCGUAUGAUACGGCGUGGUUCGUGACCAGAUGGGGAUAGAUAGGGUUGACAUGACUGGCGGUAGCUGUGCUGCCCCAGUCCGCAGGUGUGGCUGACAGCGCAGAUAAUGUCGAGAGUGGGAGUUGACGAUUGGGGCAUCGCUGCAACACGCGAGUCACACGGACACCGUAACAAAGAUUUCGGACCGACCAGCGCUGCGUCCUUGCAGAACACGGCAGGACGCCAUGCGCCUGUCGAACAGCUAGGAGCUAGGAUUGCAUAUGGAGCCGCGAGAAAAGAACCUGCGAGCCAGGGGUAUAUGGGACAUGAAAAAGGACCUGCUAGCCAGGGGGUGUCCGAGAAUGCAUUGGGUGUUCGAGGACGCAGCUGCUUACCAGGGGGGCUGCGGCUGGAAGCACAGUACAGGAGCCAGCGACAGCAUUAGGAUGCCGUGUCAUGUCGCUUCCUGUCAACCGUGCUGCCGUACUUCAUGUAACCUCUGUACACC